AAAUUGUUACCCUUAGAUCCGGAUCCGGAGUAUUUCGAGGAAGACUCAAAAUGUCGUCCCAGGGAGAACAGAAAGACCUUGCUGCUGAAUUCAUGUCGAAGGUCAAGAUUACUGAUUAUCCUGAUCUAGGAAACCGUUUUGAACCCAAGACUUCGGAGCCCAUCACUCGUCCUCUCGAUAGUCUAGAUGAAGUCUUGUUAUGGCAACCAGAUGACCAGUUCAACGUUGCCAAUUCCCCGCUGGCUACUCCAACGACCCCCGCUGAACCUCGACCUAUGACCCUUGUUUGUCAUGACAUGAAGGGGGGUUACAUUGAUGACAGAUUUGUCCAAGGCGUACCCAUCAGCUCUGCCUACCGCUUCUACCACUGGCAAUACAUUGACAUCUUCAUCUACUUCAGCCAUCAUUUUGUGACCAUUCCCCCACCCUGCUGGACGGAUGCUGCUCAUAAGAACGGCACCCUCAUGCUUGGAACCGUUAUCACUGAAUGGCAAGAUGGGAAGAAGAGGUGUGCGGAGAUGUACGGGAGUGAGGCCGCGUGCAAGAGAUUUGCAGACAAGCUGGUCGAGAUCGCCAAGUAUUACAACUUUGAAGGCUGGCUCAUCAACAUUGAGAACCCCAUUCCACCAGAGCACAUGCCCCAGCUCCUUUUCUUCGUGCAGUACCUCACCAAGCAGAUGCAUCAACAUAUUGAAGGGUCAAAGGUCAUAUGGUAUGACAGCGUCAUUGCCGACGGCUCGCUGCGCUGGCAGGACAUGCUGAAUGAUAACAACAGAAUCUUCUUUGAUGCCAGUGACGCCAUCUUCUUGAACUACACAUGGAAUGAGAACAAAUUGGCCAGCUCUGUACAGAAUGCCGGCCCUCGAAAGCACGACGUCUAUGUUGGGGUGGAUAUCUUUGGAAGGAACUGCUUUGGAGGUGGGGGAUGGAACACUAACAAGGCUAUGGAAGUGAUAAAGAGGCAGGGUCUCUCGACGGCCAUCUUUGCUCCGGGCUGGGUGAUGGAGAAGCUAGGAGAGGCAGACUUUGUCGCAAACCAGGACAAGUUCUGGUCUUUGCUAGACUCCUAUCUUUACACCCAUGGGGUCUCAUCUCUACCCUUCGUCACAAACUUCUGCAGGGGAUAUGGAGAAUUCGGUUUCAAAUGUGGAAAUGAGGUGAUGAAGAAAGCAUGGUGUAAUCUGAGCAGUCAGCAGAUAGUGCCUACCUAUGGCAAGGAGCAGUUCUCUGACGUAGAGGGCGCUUCAAAGAAGACGGUCAUGCAAUACGUGGUGUCCGAUGCCUUCAACGGAGGCGGUUGCGUGGAGAUUCAUGGCGGACUGGCAGCUAGCCAGGUCACCAGAUGCAAGUUGUUUGCUACCGGUAUCUCUGGGUCACACCCUCUUCUGGUCUCCUACACUGCCAAGCAUGGAGAUAACUGCAAGAUGUGUCUCUACCUAUCCACGCCAAACAAGGAGAUACUGCUGUGGAAUACUGCAGAUGACAUGAAGGCAGGCGAGCAACCCAUGAGUACCUAUGGCCUAAGACUCUCUGCCCUGGUCGACCAUUCCACCGUCCCCGACUCCCUCAAGUCCUCCGAUCCCACCAUCUUCUCUCCUCUGGUUGGCACGUGUCAUAAGAUCCUCCAGGAUGCAUCCUUUGGUAUUGACAGCUCGGUGGUACCUACCCAAGGCUGGGUGACAAGGAACUACCUAGUACCAGAGUCUGUCCUUACUGCUGGUGCUAAGAUCACAGAGAUUGGUUUGCUUUGCUUCUCAGCAGCUCCUGUCGAGUCUUACUCAGUCAAGAUCGGAGAAAUCAAGGUCGUUGACCCCGGAUCGCUUCGGGACCAAACACAGCAGGUGACCGACCUAUCCUGUCAGGACGUCACCUGGCAUCCACCCAUCGCGAAUGUCGUGGACCCGCACACCGUCGUUUCCCUCUGCGCCACGCUGACCUGGUCCUACCCCGCUGGCCUUGGGGACCACUUUGACAUCUACUGCUCCGGCAUCGAGCGCGACCCCAACCAGAGCCGUGCCGUCAGUAAGAGCGAUAAGCUGUUCGUCGGGAGAGCUCACUCGCACAGCUUCCGCGUGUGUCAUCUGCUCAUCCCGAAGAUAGAGAACGAAGGCCAGGAGGACUGCAUUGAGUUCUGUGUGCAGCCGACAACGAGGGCGGGCUUCUCAGCACCUCUACUUGAUGUCUCCAGCUGCAAAGUGGUCUACUCCAAGUAGUCUGGGUGAGGUUGAGAUUUUCUUUAGAAUGUACAGUCAAACCUGUCUAUAGCUACCGCCCAAGGGAAACACACAAAGUGGUCUUUGAAGACAGGUUCCUUUAGUACAUGCUUCAAUGAGAAACCAUUUUCAAGGGAAACAAAAAAUGUGGUCUUUGUAGACAGGUGGUCUUUAUAGACAGGUGGUCACUAAAGCAGGUUUGACUGUAUUUUGAGAGUUUCAGUCACUGCUGAAUCUUUUUUGUGAUGAUCAUGGUUGUGUAAACAAUACUUUUGGCGAACAUUUCUUUUAUUUGCAAUAAGAUACUCAGUCCCCACUCACCUUUUUCCGUGUAUGUUAUUAUUCGCUGCAGGGAUUACCAUGUGAUUAAUGCAAUCUGUGAUCAAAUUAACAGUUAUUACUGAUUCAUUCUCAAUGAGAAUAUGGGUAUGUCUCUUUUCAAGUCAAUCAUGAAAGUGAGCAUCGCAUCAAAAUCAGUAUAUUGUCUCUCAUUUAGUUAGUGUAGGUCAUUAACCACGGAGCAAUUAUUGUUGGAGCAUGAUGUACAACGAUCACUUGACAUAUGCUUCAAAGUUUUAUGUAUCUUUUCUUAAACAGCAGGUUUAUUUGCAACUAUGUGUAGAUUUUAGCGAUGUGCUAUGUUUUUAUAUGAUUUCUUUUAUUUGAUUGAUCUAUGCAUUGAAUGAAUACAUUCCAUACUAUAUUAAGGUUGUCUGGAUUAUUUUUUUAUUGUGUUGAAAGUACAAAAGAUUCCAGUACUUCUGUGAACCCCAAUACUUAUUUUGUACACCAAUUCUACCAAUCAAAUUUGCAAUCUUUCUUGCUUUUGUCAAAACUUUCCAUUUAUUGAAAAAAGUGAAAGGGAAAGAAAAUGAUCUCAUCCGUAGUAUAUUAUGUCUAUCCCUAUUUUUUGUCAAUAUUACAAAAUAUCUUGUAUCUCUGUAUUUGUGAUGGUAGCAUAGCUAAAAUUAAAUCCAAUCCAGCAUUUUCAAAAUGUGCAAUGAACAUAUAUGUUGAAAGGGAUUUAGAAGAUAACUUGAAUGAGGUAUUUUUAUGCAUUGACUUACUGUUACUUUUAUUUACUACUGUUGACUAGUUGAAAGAUGUACACAUGUAAGCAAGAAUGUGUCACUCUUUCGGCCAUUAAUUAUUUGCAGAGUUUUAAUCUUCUUCAUGUAAAUGAUGAAUGUGAUAAUUUACACAUUCCAGCAGUUGGCCACAGCAGUUUUGUUCUCUAAAUUGAUAUUCAAUGACCAUAGCAUGCAGGGAUGCCAGUUUUCAGGCAAAAGCCUGAAUUCAGGCCCUGGCGAUAUAUUUUCAGACCAUAGUUUAGGCUUUUUUGUGUACAAAAUACCUCAUUCUAGGUGAUUUUCAGACCCAUCGAUCAAUUCUAACUGGCAUCCCUGAGUAUGACAAGGAUACUUAAAAAAGAUGUAAAUCAAAGCUCUUUAUGUACAAUUGCAUUUAAUCAUGACCUGGCUGAAUGCUGAUGUGUGAAUUUGACUUGUUCAAAAAACCAGAAGCCUAUAUUUUUCAGAUAAGUUUUUUGUGAAACUAUGUGUGCCUUGUGUACUGUCCAAGAGAUGUGUGAUAAAUGUAUCUGUGUAGAGAUAGUAUUUGAGCAAUUAUUUGCAGGGCUGUCAAUAGUAUGAUAUCUGCCACAUGUAUGAAUUACAUGUUUAUAGUGAUGAUGUAAUGAGUCCAUAAGCCACAAAUCUAUAUUUUCUUGACUGUUUCCUGCCAUUAAUACUAUAUAUUCUGUAAUCAGUAUCAUCAUGUGUGCGUGGGGCAGGCGUCAAAAGGAAACAAUGUUUCUUGAAAAAAUAUAUACCGGUAUAUUACUACCGGUAUGCCAAUUCUGUGCAUUUGCAGCUCAUGUGGGUAUUUGCUACAUAGCUUGUAUGUCUUUUUAGAACCCAUGCAUUCUCAUGCAUACUUGGGGUCUUGUACCUAGAAAUUUUUCCAUGCUUCCUUUAAGCAGCCCAGAGAGGCAACAACGUGAUACUUUUAUUUUAUUCAUUUUUUAUUAAUCAGCUAUUUUUCUAUAAUUUGAUAAGGCUCCAAGCUAAUUGUAUAUUUGUCAGUGUUUCUUUGUUUGUUUGUUGUUUGUUUUUUGCCCUUUAAAAGCAAUGACAUUUUAUUUUUUUGUGGCUAUGCUGUAGUGCAUUAGUAGUUUACGUAGAUAAAUAUAUUUGGUGUGAAUAAAUAGAGCAUAUACGUACUUAUGAAAA